GGGACACCGAGAUGGCCGAUGAGAUCGACUGGCUGGACCUGCCAGGCCGAUGGACCUACGGAGUGGACCGCGGCGGGAGAAUCUUCUUCAUCAAUGAUGAGGAGAAGUCAACUAGCUGGGUGCACCCUGGUACAGACUCACCCAUCCAGAGUGGACACUCCACCGGCCCAGGUUUGCCUAAGGGUUGGGAGAUGGAUUCUACCCCGGAAGGAGCUGUAUACUUCAUCAACCACAAUGAAAGACGCAACACAUUUCGACACCCAGUGACCAGCCAGAUCCCAGAGGAGAACAAAAAGUUUGACUUGAAAAUAUCGGCCUUGGACAUGUCCAACAAAACAGGUGGGAAACGAUCUGCAACCAUCAACAACGACAUAUCCAACCACAACAUGGUGUCUGAGGUUCCUCCAGAGCGACCCAACAUCCGGGCGACUCGAACUUCCCGAAAAGCCAUUGCCUUUGGUAAACGCGCACACUCCAUGAAGCGGAACCCCAAUGCGCCUGUCACCAAGGCGGGCUGGCUCUUCAAGCAGGCCAGCUCCGGGGUGAAGCAGUGGAAUAAGCGUUGGUUUGUCCUUGUGGAUCGCUGCCUCUUUUACUACAAAGAUGAGAAGCAGGAGAGCAUCCUGGGCAGCAUCCCUCUGUUGAGCUUCCGGGUGGCAGCUGUGCAGCCCUCAGACAACAUCAGCCGGAAGCACACAUUUAAGGUGACUGUUUACUGGGUAGAUGAGGCUGGGGCCAGUUCCACGCACUGCCUCUCCCCACAGGCGGAGCACGCUGGAGUCCGCACCUACUUCUUCAGUGCCGAGAGCCCUGAGGAGCAGGAGGCCUGGAUCCAGGCCAUGGGCGAGGCUGCUCGGGUACAGAUCCCUCCAGCCCAGAAGUCAGUGCCUCAGCCUGCGCGGCACAGCCUUGAGAAGCCGGACUCAGAGAACAUCCCACCCAGCAAACACCAUCAGCAGCCACCUCUCAACAAUCUCGCCAAGCCAGAGCCCGAGGCCAAGACUCGAGGGGAGGGGGAUGGCAGAGGCUGCGAGAAGGCCGAGCGAAGGCCCGAGAGGCCUGAAGUCAAGAAAGAGCCUUUGGUAAAAGCCAAUGGCCUCCCAUCUGGACCUGAGACAGCUUCAGAGCCUGGCAGCCCUUACCCGGAUGGCCCGAGGGUCCCAGGAGGUGGAGAGCAACCUGCUCAGCCCAAUGGCUGGCAGUAUAGCUCCCCAAGCCGACCAGGGAGCACGGCUUUCCCACCUCACGAUGGGGACGCUGGGGGACACCGGCGGAGCUUUCCACCACGUACUGACCCUGACAAAAUUGCCCAGCGCAAAAGCUCUAUGAACCAGCUUCAGCAGUGGGUGAACCUGCGCCGAGGGGUGCCCCCACCCGAAGACCUUCGGAGUCCUUCAAGGUUCUACCCUAUGCCCCGCCGGGUCCCUGAAUAUUACAGCCCCUACUCUUCCCAGUACCCUGACGAUUACCAGUACUACCCACCAGGGGUGCGGCCAGACAGCAUCUGCUCCAUGCCAGCCUAUGAUAGGAUUAGUCCACCCUGGGCCCUGGAGGACAAGCGGCACUCCUUCCGGAAUGGGGGUGGACCCACUUACCAGCUUCAUGAAUGGAAGGAGUCCACCAGUUACGGGCGGCAGGAUGGCACCGUCUGGAUCCCCAGCCCCUCCCGACAGCCAGUCUAUUAUGAUGAGCUGGAUGCCGCCUCGGGCUCCCUGCGCCGCCUGUCCUUGCAGCCCCGUUCCCACUCUGUGCCCCGCUCGCCCAGCCAGGGCUCCUACAGCCGUGCCCGCAUCUACUCCCCAGUACGCUCACCUAGUGCCCGUUUUGAUCGGCUGCCACCCCGCAGUGAGGAUAUUUAUGCAGACCCUGCAGCCUAUGUGAUGAGGCGAUCCAUCAGCUCCCCGAAGUAUGAUUACCUGGGAGACAGGCGGCCAGUCCCUGCAGGACUGUUCCCCUACAACUACCCACCAUCCCCCACGGUCCACGAUAAGAUGGUCCCUGCAUAUCCAGAGGUGUUCCGGGAUGGCCUCCACACCUUCAAGCUAAACGAGCAAGAUACGGAUAAGCUGCUGGGCAAGCUGUGUGAGCAGAACAAGGUAGUGAGGGAACAGGAGCGGCUGGUGCAGCAGUUGCGGGCGGAGAAGGAGAGCCUAGAAAGUGCCUUGAUGGGAACUCACCAGGAGCUGGAGAUGUUCGGAAGCCAGCCCGCCUACCCAGAGAAGCUGCUGCACAAAAAGGAAUCUCUGCAAAACCAGCUCAUCAACAUCCGAGUGGAGCUGUCACAGGCGACCACGGCACUGACCAACAGUACGGUGGUGUAUGAGAGCCUUGAGUCUGAGGUCUCUGCCCUGCAUGAUGACCUCUGGGAACAGCUCAACUUGGACAUCCAGAAUGAGGUGCUCAGUCGGCAAAUCCAGAAGGAGAUCUGGAGGAUCCAGGAUGUGAUGGAAGGGCUGAGGAAAAAUAACCCAUCACGGGGCACCGACACGGCCAAGCACAGAGGAGGACUUGGGCCCUCAGCCACCUACAGCUCCAACAGCCCAGCCAGCCCUCUCAGCUCUGCCAGCCUUACCAGUCCCCUGAGCCCCUUUUCAAUGGUGUCUGGCUCUCAGGGCUCUCCCACUAAGCCAGGAUCCAGUGAGGAACCUGGCCCACCUCGGCCACCCCUCCCCAAAGCCUACGUCCCCCUGGAAUCUCCUCCCACCGUCCCUCCACUCCCCAAUGAGAGCCGCUUCUGGCCAUACCCCAACUCCCCUUCCUGGCAUCGCAGUGGCGAGACAGCCAAGGGUCAGACCAAAACAGGCUAUGAGCCAAUCAAGAAAGACCCUGGCCAGACAUCACCCCUGGAUACUCCCAGAGACAUCAGCCUGGUACCCACCAGACAAGAGGUGGAGGCAGAGAAGCAGGCAGCUCUCAACAAAGUUGGCAUUGUGCCCCCACGGACAAAAUCUCCUGCCGAGGACGAGAUGACCCCGUCAGCAGUGGUGAGGAGGACCACGAGUGGACUCACCAACGGCCUCUCCUCACGGCAAGAGCGCCCCAAGAGUGCUGUGUUCUCUGGAGAGGGGAAGGUGAAGAUGAGUGUCGAGGAGCAGAUGGACCGGAUGAGGCGGCAUCAGAGUGGCUCCAUGAAGGAAAAGCGGCGGAGCCUACAGCUCCCACCCAGCCCAGCCCCUGAGCCCAGCACCCGGCCUGCCUACAAAGUGGUGCGCCGUCACCGCAGCAUCCACGAAGUGGACAUCUCCAACCUGGAGGCAGCCCUGAGGGCCGAGGAGCCUGGUGGUCAGGCAUAUGAGACACCCCGGGAGGAGAUCGCUAGGCUUCGCAAAAUGGAGCUGGAGCCUCAGCACUACGAUGUGGAUAUCAGUAAGGAGCUCUCCACUCCAGACAAAGUCCUCAUCCCCGAACGGUACAUUGACCUGGAACCUGUCACUCCCUUGAGCCCGGAGGAGUUGAAGGAGAAGCAGAAGAAGGUGGAAAGGAUCAAGACGCUCAUUGCCAAAUCCAGUAUGCAGAACGUGGUGCCCAUCGGCGAGGGGGACUCUGUGGACGUGCCCCAGGACUCAGAGAGCCAGCUGCAGGAGCAGGAGAAGCGGAUUGAAAUCUCCUGUGCCCUGGCGACCGAGGCCUCCCGCAGGGGCCGCAUGCUGUCUGUGCAAUGUGCCACCCCAAGCCCUCCCACCUCCCCUGCUUCCCCGACUCCACCAGUCAACCCCCUAUCGUCUGACCGCCCACGGGGCGCCGACAGCAGCCAUACCAUGCGGGUCUGAGCUCUGACUGCAAGCCCUGGCUGAGGCCAAUGCUGUGAAGCUCCACAGAGCCACCUUCUGAUAGCAUCCACUGCACACCUGGGGCUCUGGCUUCUCAUCCUGGCCUCCUGCCCUUGUACCCACCGUGGGGACGCCUCAGAGAGCCAGGCUGGGGACCGGGGCUGCUUCAUAAAGGAACAUGGAUGCCUUCAAGUUCACAUCUGCUGCCCUUGCCCUGAAGCCUGCAUUGUCGUGUCAUGGUUCUAAGGCAAGACCCAGGAUGGCAAGGCCAGGAUGGCAUCCUCUCUGAUGCCCCAGUCACGGGGAGCUCAAGUGCAGUUCUGGAUGGCAUUGUGGGGCCCUCCUGCACCAUCCCCCGAUGGAGUCCGUGUGCUGGUGGGAGCAUGUGCUCAGCUGUUGGGUGAGGGCUGGAAGUGAAGACAAGACAGACUCUCCAUCCAUCCCUUGGAUCCCAUACAACACAGCGAGAGGCCAACUCUUGCCAUCACCUUCCUCCCGUACAGUCCCAGCUGCCUCAGCGAUGCCCAAGGCUUUGGCACAACCCUGCUGAUGGAUUUCCCAGAGUUCACUGAAGGCCGGCCACCCUGCUUGAGCCAAAGAAGAUGAUGAGUUAUAGGGAGAGGCCCCUGGGCUCCUGGAGGGGUAAGGUGUGUUACAGAGAGAUGACAGCAGGUCUGCACAGUGUCUGAGGGCAAGUUGGAAGCAGGAGCAAGAUGGAAGAGGAAAGAGGCUUAAGAGAGUGAAGGAAGAGAAGGCCAGAUGCUUUUCACGAGCAACAGGGAUGCAAAGAAGGAGGGAAAUGGGAAGGAAGAGUAGGAAUGGCUUCCCUAGUGUGGAGCCUUCGGUUAGUGCCAAGCAGAGGGCCUGUCACCUCUGUACCUUCACGUCUUCCUAAGGGGCAGGAGGCCCCAGGAGGACUUGCACCAGGCACACAUCAGCCCUAGCUGAGGUACUUGGUAGCAAGGUAUGAGGUAAGAGGGUGUUAGAGUGAGGUAACCUGUGAGAUGGUCCUAUCUGUGUCAAGGCCUGCAGUCUCUUCCAGAGUUAUGGGGAGAGAGACAACUGUCUUAUAUAAAGUCUCUCAGCCUUGGGGCCUUACCUAGCCAGUUUAAACCUGGAAAGUACAGUGGGCAGGCUGAGGUUUGCCCUGGGAGAAGGAAUGAAGAUUUAACUGUGAGGCCAGGUCCUUCCUUCUCGUCUCAGGCAUCUAGAGCAGGACCAGAGGCUUUCUUCCCCCCCCCCCCCCCCACCUAGCCAGGGAGGACAGGACAGGGAGAGACAGUAGCAGAGAAUAGUCUUCCUCUAGUCCAGCUACCGUGCAUGAAUGUAGCCAGAGGGCAUUGAAGGAAGGCUAGUUUCAGACACCAAGCCCCAGGCUGCCCUGCCGUACCUGCUGCUCAGAGACUUCAGCCUGAACAUCAGUGGCCCCAAGAAACAACUGCAGCAUCUCCCAUCAGUCCAGCGCCACUCCAUCAUGGUCGGGACAGUUGCUGGUUCAUAUGCAAGUAAAGAUGACAAUUCAUUCAACAAAUACUAGCCAAGCACUUUUUUGUGUAUUAGGUACUGUUCUAGGUGCUUAGGACACUAUCUUGCUUCUGAGGGACUCUGGAUCAGGGGGAUUCCAUCUGUCUUCACCUCUAUCAGGCUUCUGAAAAGUGCUUCUUCAUGACAUCCCCUGUCUGCAUAGUUCAAGCACCCCAAAUCUGCCCUUUCUUCCUUAAAGACUGGUAGGCGGGAUCAGCUCCCAGGUUACCCUCUCUCCCCAAACCUUCUCCCAAAAGAAACAAAAUUUUAGGGCUUUCCCCAUCUUUGUCUCUCCUUUUUAAGAAAGCGGUAUUUUUUAGAAAUACACAUGAAAUACCAAGAAAUGUCUUUGCCUCUCCACCACUCACCCACAUUUCAUAAAGCUGGCUCUUUAUGUUGCUAUACAUGCCUUAAUAUAUGUUUUAUGGAAGUGAUCAUGUCAUAGAUACCCAUGUAAUAUAUAUAUAAAUUUGUCUGGAUGUCAACCCUUUCCACAGCUCCUGCCCAGACCCGUUUUUCUGUCGACGUCAUUUUUAGCAUGUUGAAGCCACACCCCUUGCCUUUUUGAUCCAAAGAAGGGAAGAGGAAAGCUUUAUUUUAAGACAGACCUAUUCUAUGCUUUUGUUUAAAAAGCAGAUCUAUUUUCAAAAUGUGCAAUGUCUGAAAGGGAUUGGUGAAGUGUGAGGAGACCGGGGUGCUGUCCCUGGUCCCAGUCUGUGCCCUUCCCUCUGCCCCAGUGGCUUCCCUCCCAUUACCCCAUCAUCGUAAAGGGCUGGUUCCCAGGUUCACCUGGACUGCAUCCUGCAGGAGAAGGACAUUCUCUUGAAAGUCCUGGCCUAAGAAUUUGACUUCACUGUCAACUUUAGAGAGUGGCCCGAGGGACGUCAAGCAUGUGAGGGAAGCAUGUCAAGCAUCUGAAGGAAAUGUUUACAACUGCAGAUGUGCAGUCCUCACACGGGCCCCUGGACCACCUCCCAUCAUCCCUCUGUGAGAAAAGGCCAACGGGUUGCUGGCAGCCAUCUUGAAGGAUAACAGUUUGCUCUCUGACAGACCCAAGACACAAGGCAAAGCCCAGAGAGAGUGGCUUAGGACCCCCCCCCAUGUUCUUUGGUGAAUACUAUGAGCUUCCUGGGCCUCUCACACUUUCUUCUGAGCCUACUCUGUGUCACACCUAUUUCCCUCUAAGACACUUUUUUUCCUCAGAAUUAUUAUGGCACAUCGGUCUGGCAUCCAGACUUGAAGCCUGGUUCCUGGCAGGGGAGGGCCCCACAGUCAAUGUCAAAGCUUAAGUCUUUCCCAAGAAGGAGCCCUCAGUGCUUUGACAGGCUGUGGGCUGGAGUUCUGCCUGUGGCAGCUCAGCUUGCCAAACUUGCUUUCUGACAGGUGAUGUGAGCAAGGAGGUUGGGAAGGAUAGAGAGACCUCUCCCCAGCUCUGAAAUGAUGUGUUUGGGAACUUUACAGCACUUCUGGCCAGCUUUUGAAGCCUGACCUCCAACUCUGGCAUUUAUGGCCCUCUUCCCAGACUGGAGCCUCUUACUGUGAAUGAACAGGACCCAGACGUAGGCCGAGGGCUAAGCACCCUUUCUGGGAAAAGUCCUGGCUACCCACACAGGGCCUUCCCAAGGAACACAUUACCUCCUCCACCAAAAGCCAGAAGGCUGGGAUCAGAUACUGCUACUGUCACUUUAAAGAUUUUUCUGAGGAAGCAAGCUUGCAAGCAGCAAGUGUGCUCUCUGCCUUUGUGAAAGGCAUGUUCUUGGGGCAACGCUACUACUGCAAGAUGGAUUCCCUCCCUUCCCCAUUAGGCACCCUCCUCCUGGCAGCUCUUUAAACUAAGGAAAAAUACUAUAUAUAAAUAUAUAUAUAUAUAUACAUAUCUAUUUAUGCACAUAUUUGGGGCCAAUUUGGUUUGCUAGUGUUAGACAAUAAACCAAACAAGGAAGUCUAUGAUCUCAGUGUCUUUAUUUAGUAUGAAAGUGACCUUAGACAAAGAGUUACGUUUGGAGGAGCAGCAUCUCUGUCGGGACCACACUGUGGUAGCAUCCCCUGAGCAUCUGUCUAGCCGACCACCCUCCCCUGAGAAGGGGCGCCUGGCUGAAGUAGGUGAGAUCUUGCUCCCUCCUUUCAGUGGCAAUCUUACUAGAUUAGAUACUGAGCUCUGCGUUUGUAUCUUGCAAGUUUGUAUAAACCAAUACCAGAAAUAAAAUGAGUGGUUUGUACCUGU